AACACAAGAUUGGAAUAAUUUACACAUGCCAAAUGAAAUUAUGUUUCAAAAAACGCAUUUCAGAGAGUGAUGCCAUUGUUUUCGUACCUGAAAAAAAUAGCAACAACAAAUAAAGUGCUGCAGAAAACAUAUAUAUGAAUCCAAAGCAAAAGCAGGUAAAAGACUUAAUGUAUUUGAUGUACUUUUAUAUAACCCUACUAAAGAAGACGAUAUGUCCAGGAUGAUUCCCCAAACUCUACAAGAAUGAUAACAUAAAAAAAACAGUUUUAAAGCUUCUAGUUUGAAAAAAAAAAAUGAUUUCAAUGACAAACAAAGAAUUUGUUUUGAAGAAGAAAAAACCUUGCAAACAACGUGACAAUGAAAGACAAAUUCCUUAUAAAAAAAUAAACUACAGCUAUAGAAUGAACAUGAACAGAUUGUUGUGAUGUAACAGCACCAUCUAGUGGAACUGUGUGGUAUUCACCAGAAUCUUCCUGAAUUCUCCGCCUCUCCUCCUGUCAGAGUAUAAAUGUGGGACAGAGUCACUGCUGAGACAGAACGAUACACAGAAGAGAAAAGACCAUUCAGCCAACAUUCAUCUGACAACACAAAGACUCCAGACUUGAGACUCUGAAGAUGCUGUGCUCUCGGGGACUUCACUCUGAUCUCAGUCCAUCCAUGCUCUUCUUUUCACCUGUACGCAGUCUGUGGCCAGAGGUCAGACCUCUGUUCUCCCAGCAGGAUCUGCUGCAGAGGAACCUGCAGGAGCUGCGCCGCAGUCUGGAGCUGAUGGACACAUUUCAGCACAACAUCCUGGAGGAGACGGAGCCUUUCCAGAGCAGUGUGGCCCUGCAACCAGUGAGCUUCCAGCUGGACAAAGACGGAAAGCACUUUGGCCUGACCCUGGACACUCAAGGCUUUUCUCCAGAGGAGCUGUCUGUCAGGCAGGUGGGCAGGAAGCUGAGAGUCAGCGGGAAGACAGAGAAGAAACAGGAGGACGGGAAAGGCUCCUACUCUUACAGACUCCAGGAGUUCAGACAGGAUUUGGAUCUGCCUGAAGGCCUGAACCCUGAAGCCGUCACCUGCUGCCUGUCUCCAGACGGAAAGCUCCACAUCCAGGCACCCAAAGAGGAGGCUGACAGAGAGCUGACCAUCAAGAGGAGCUGGGAGGAGGAACCACAGCAGAGAGAGGGUUCACAGACACAAGACAGCACAGCAAAGACUCACAACACACCAUAGAACCAACAGGAACACAUGGACUCACACACACAUUCAUGGGAAUAUACCAUCAGUCUUAGAUGGAGAGUUAAAACUACUUUGAUCUAUGUGGAUUUAUGAAAUUGUUGUGUUUUUGAUAAAUAUAUUUGUUAUAUAACAAACAUGUUCAUAAAAAUAUCAGAGAAAAAUGUGAAUAAAUUAUCAAAUGUAACAAGACGUCAUGAUGUAAUAUCAUGACAUCUGUAUUUUAUAACAUUUAGUUUUUUUGAAGUUGAGGAAAUAAAUUUUUGGAUAUGACAGAUUUCUCUGGAGUAUUGGUUUAAAAUGAAAAGCAAAACAAAAAACUGCAAUAAAAACUAGACUCUAAAUCUGUUGAAGUUUUAUUGAACUGACCUUUUAUCUGAGCUGAUCCAGUGGAAGAAAACCAAAGUCUUUCACAUCAGAUGUCUCCAUAUAUAAUCAUAAAUACUUUCAAUAUCUAAUCUACUAUUCGGUCUAGCAGACAAUUAAAGGAUAAAGUAAAUUGUAAAAUUAAGCUUAAACUACAAAAUAUUUUUGCAACCACACAGAAACUUAAUAUUUAUUACUUUUUUUAAACUCUACUAACAGUUUGAUUUUUCACUUUUAACUUCUUAUUUUUUUAUCAUUUUGCUCACAUUUGGAUUUCAUUUAGAAGUUUUUUCCAAAAAGCAUACAAUUCUAGAUGAAGUCUAUUUUCUGUAUUUUGAGGUGAAAACCUGGCUUAAAACUAUUUACAAGUGAAAAAAAAAAAAAAAAAAAAAACAUAAAAAGUGGUUUUGUUUUUCCUUUUUGGAGCACUUUCUAUGUGAGUCUAUUUCAAUCAACCACUCAGUACUUGAGCAGACUGAUUGUCUGUGGAGAAAGAAAUGAUUAUAUAAGACAAGUUUUGAUGUUUUUAAUGAAAAAACAAAGUAGAAAUUAUAUUUUUUCAAAAAACAACAACAUACAUCUUAGAAGAAACAAACGAGAAUCUAAUAUCCAUUGCUUAAAGGGGAAAACAUAGAAAAAGAAGUCGGAAUAAACCCAACUGGUAUUCCAGUAAUGAAAAUGAAAAAAAAAAA